GUUACAACCGUUGGUCUCCGAGUCAGCGGGGAGAAGGCUACUUCCCAGUCAGAUGUCAGUCGUGCAAACCCACCUUUCAAACUUUGGUCCCCAUUUCCACUUCCCACAGGCCGCAGCUACCCUCUCCAGUUUUCUGCUGUGACCCAUUCCUUAAACCCCUUUCCGCGUAAAUAAGUAGACGCUGCAAACCACCUUCAAUUCAUCUCAUGUUUAACGCCAUUUCGAAGUAGAAGCAACCCUGAAAAAGUAAGUGGGUUGCCCUAUACCAGAGCGUAGCCAUGGCCGUCGACACCCCGCUACUGCAGAGCAACGGCGGCAGUGGUGAUAUUGUGGAGGCAAAGCCAGAGGGGUUUUUUAAGAGAUUCGCGUUCGAGUCAAGGAAGUUGUGGCGGCUGGCUGGCCCUGCAAUCUUCACCGCCUUGUGUCAGUACUCCCUUGGUGCACUCACUCAGACAUUUGCUGGUCAAGUUAGCGAGCUCGACCUCGCCGCCGUUUCCGUUGAAAACUCCGUCAUCGCCGGCUUCGCCUUUGGCGUCAUGUUGGGUAUGGGGAGUGCAUUGGAGACGCUGUGCGGGCAAGCAUACGGUGCGGGGCAGUAUAGAAUGUUAGGGGUGUACAUGCAAAGAUCUUGGGUUAUCCUCUUGACUACAGCCACUAUCUUGGUACCUAUUUAUGUUUGGUCACCGCCAAUAUUGGAGCUCAUUGGAGAGACUACCGAGAUCUCCGAAGCUGCUGGGAAAUUUGCUCUGUGGAUGCUCCCGCAGUUGUAUGCCUAUGCUCUGAAUUUUCCAAUCCAAAAAUUCUUACAGUCGCAGAGGAAAGUGUUUGUAAUGGCAUGGAUAUCGGCAGUUGUUUUGGUGCUCCACACAUUUUUCAGUUGGUAUCUCAUAUUGAAGGUGGGAUGGGGCCUAACAGGAGCAGCAAUCGUUCUUAACACAUCUUGGUGGCUCAUUGUCAUUGGCCAAUUGUUGUACAUUUUCAUCACCACAUCUGAUGGUGCUUGGAGUGGAUUCUCCUGGCUAGCUUUUGCAGACUUGUUCGGCUUUGUCAAACUUUCUUUGGCUUCAGCUGUUAUGCUAUGCUUGGAGUUUUGGUACUUGAUGAUACUAGUGGUCAUAGUUGGGCGUUUAAAAAACCCUCUGAUACCUGUUGACGCCAUAUCUGUCUGCAUGAAUUUAAAUGGCUGGGAUGCCAUGAUUGCGAUUGGGUUCAAUGCUGCAAUAAGUGUGAGAGUUUCAAAUGAACUUGGAGCUGGUGAUUUCCAAGCUGCCAAAUUUGCAGUGCUCGUGGUUUCCAUCACAUCCGUGUCCAUAGGAGUGGUUAUCAUGGCAGUUGUGCUUGCAACGAAGGAUUACUUUCCUUACCUGUUUACAAGCAGUGUUGCAGUUGCCAAGGAAACAACUAAGCUUGCUGGCUUACUCGCCGUCACAGUGCUUCUUAACAGUCUUCAACCUGUCUUAUCUGGCGUUGCUGUUGGAGCUGGCUGGCAAGCUAUUGUGGCAUAUAUUAAUAUUGGAUGCUAUUACCUUGUUGGAUUACCAGCAGGAAUAGUCUUGGGAUUUGUAUUGCAUUUUGGAGCCGAGGGUAUUUGGUCGGGAAUGAUAGGAGGCAUAGUUCUGCAGACCAUAAUCCUUGUAGUUAUCACCUCAGUAACCAACUGGAGAAGAGAAGCUGAACAAGCAGAGACCCGCGUGAAGAGAUGGGGCGGAUCAAUUGCUUCUCAGUUUAGUACCGAUCAAUGAGAAGUCUAUGAGGACUGUGGAAUGCAUCGCCAUCACCGAGAGAUUUUGAGUAUGUCGUUAAUCAUAUUACUCUGAGGAGCACAGCAAUCUGGGGAGAAGUUUAAAUUCUAUCAAGAAGGAGGGUAGGAAUUUUGUUUUGAUAUUAUUUUAACUUUAAAUGAUUGUUAGACUUAUCGGUCAAUGUACGACGUUUAAUGCAUCUUCAACGAAGACUGGUUCACUUGAAGGUUGAAUUUGCUGCCUGUUUUGGGUAUGCCCUCCUUGAAAGAGUUGGCUUAGCUGGGAACAUGCCUUGGCCGUAUUGGUUGGCAUUCAAAGUGCCCUUCUAAGCAUAUACACUAAGUUAUUGUAUUUGGAUGUAUCAUUUUACAAAUUAAAGUUUUGAUUGGACUCGCAAAAUAAAAGAGAAUCCUUUUGCGAACAAGUUCACUA